UGGUGCGGGGCGCGGUGCGGGGCGCGGUGCGGGGCGAGCCCCCGCGUUCCGCUUGGCCAAACAGCCCGCGCCGUCGGGUCAGCCCCGCCGCGGCGCUCCGGCCCCUCCUCCCUCCCUCCGGGCUCCCGGGGUCCCCUUCCCCCGCGGAGCGGCGCGGAGCAGCGCGGAGGAGCGGGGCGGAUCCAUGAGAAAAGGUAACUUGGGAAAACACUGAAGAUUCGGAGCCGAGUCUACAGCCUUCUAGGGAAAAAAAAAAAAAAAAAAAGAAUAAUUACAAGUGUGAGUUUGGAGUGAAGCUGUGUUUGUUCGGGAAGACUAUGGGUGGGUCCCGGAGCUGGCGGCUGAGCUGUUUGAGUGCCAUCCUCCUCGUGGAGCUGUGGGCUGGUGUUUCCCAUGCACAGAGGGACUGCACGGGCGCCGAGUGCCAGCCCCUGGACAACUGCAUCGAGGACGUGCUGGAGCCCGGCGAGUGCUGCGCCACGUGCCUGCAGCACGGCUGCACCUGCGAGGGCUACCAGUACUACGACUGCGUCAACGUGGGCUUCAUCAACGGCAAAGUGCCCGAAGGGCAGUCCUACUUCGUGGACUUCGGAAGCACCGAGUGCUCCUGCCCUAAAGGAGGGGGCAAGAUCAGCUGCCAGUUCAUGCUGUGCCCGGAGCUGCCCCCCAACUGCAUCGACGCGGUGGUGCCAGCUGAUGGUUGUCCUCAGUGUGGGAGAAUAGGGUGCCUCCACGAGGGCCAGAAGUACGUAGCGGGGCACACCUUCCACAUGCCCCCCUGCAAGGUUUGCCAUUGCCCCAACGCCGGUGGCGAGCUGAUGUGCUACCAGCUUCCAGACUGCAACGCCUUCGCCUUAAACACUGCCAGUCCCAUAGAUGCUGACGACAGCGAACCGGAGAGGCACUAUGAUGAUCCCUACAGCUACGACCAGGAGGCACCCGAAGGAGACAAUGCCCAGGUGGAGUCUCCGAAAAAAUACAGGAGUUAUUCCUCCCACCUAGAGCAAGAGAGCAUCAGCCAAGAGCAAAGCGAGGAUUAUGACUACCUACCAGCCAGCAUGGCUCCUUCAGCUCCAGCUCCGGCCCAUCUGUACACCGAGGAAACGGCUGCGCCACUCACUACGCCGCUGGCCAUGGUCCCCUCUGAAGUUCGAAGUGCCACAGAAAGAAGUGAGAGGAAGAGGGUGCCCCGCACCACUGCAGCGUCCCUCCAGCAAGUGACACACAAGGAAGCACCAGUAACCACCAGCACUCCUCCGGAGCACACAACGGCCACCACUGAGACACCCAAGCACCUGGAGGAACCAGAGAGGAGACCAAAAGGGAAGCCAGGGGACAAAGAGAGACACGAGCAAGAAAGAGCCCCCCACUCUAAAAUAAAAAAGCAUGCCAGAAAGGAAGACCCAGGGAACAGCAUUUCCGUAGGCUUCGAAGAGGGGAAUUUGACAGAGCUGAAUUGGUCAAAAUCUUCCCAUGAAACGCAUGAGGGAAAUGAUUUCCCCAAGGUGAAGUUCAGUGCAACAACCUCCCCCCCUGUUGCUCUGAAGGAAGACCGCAGUCAGUCAUCCCAAAAGCAGUCACAGACGCUUUAUCGGUACCAUCCCGAGGAGGACGGGGACCCCAACUCCAUUCACGCUAACCCCAGGUUGCCAGAAGGUUCCACAAAGGAGUUGAUUGAGAGCUGCUGUGGAGCUGGGCAGCAGUGGGCUGUGGACAAUGGGGAGUGCACAGAAAUCCCUGUAAGUGGAAUGGACGGUGAUAUUUGCAGGAUCGCUCAGAAGCAGUGCUGCGUCUCCACCGUGAAGGAGAACAGCUGCCUGGCCGGCAUGAUCGCCGCCAAGGAGGGGGACGCCUGCGGCCCGGAGGAGAGCGAUCCCUGCGGAGGGUCACCCUAUAAGCAAUGCUGUGACUGCUGUAACCUGGGCCUGCGACUAAGGAGCGAGGGCAAAACCUGCGAGUCCAACAUUAACCUGGGCUACCCCUGCAGCCACGUCAUGCUGUCCUGCUGCGAAGGGGGAGAUCGCUUUAUCCAUCCCGAAAUAAAGAGACAUCCUGAACCUUUGCCAACAGUGACACCCGAGAAGGUUUCAGAGACAGAAGAUCACAAUGAAGCUUUGUCCAUCAGCAACGAAGCUGAACUCUCAAACAGCCUGCCUGGAGAUGACCUGGAUGAGUGUCUUCUUUAUGGUGGGGAACUCUGUCAGCAUUUGUGUAUAAACACUGUUGGGUCCUACAAGUGUUCGUGUUUUCCAGAAUUCACUUUGCAAGAGGAUGGAACCAGCUGCUCUCCAGAUCCUGACAGAGGCCAGGUGACAAGGCUGGAAGCAGAAGCCACCAUCCCUCCAGCAUCCUCUCCUUCUCAGCCUCUUCUCAUCAUGUCCUUGCAAGAAGAGCAGGAUAAGUGUAAAGAUAAUGGCCCCUGCAAGCACAUCUGCAAUGUUGUGGAAGGCAGUGUUGUGUGCUCUUGUUUGGCUGGAUAUACUCUCAUGGCUGAUGGCGUUUCUUGUGAAGACAUUAAUGAAUGUGUGACAGAUACACACACCUGCCAGCGGAGAGAGCACUGUGUCAACACCGUGGGAUCGUUCAAAUGUCUCCAGGAACUGAGCUGUCAGCCGGGUUAUGAACUUAAGGAUGGAGAAUGUGUUGAUAUUGAUGAAUGCAAGAGAGGAACUCAUAGUUGUAAAGUAAACUUCGUUUGUCAGAACACGGAAGGAUCGUUCUACUGUGAGUCAAAGCAGCGCUGCAUGGAUGGAUUUUUGCAAGACCCCGAGGGAAACUGUGUUGAUAUCAAUGAAUGCACAUCUCUCCCCGAGCCGUGUAAACCGGGAUUCAACUGCAUCAAUACCGUUGGGUCUUACACCUGCCAGAGGAACACGCUGACGUGCAGCAGAGGCUACCACUCCAACGAGGAGGGAACCCGAUGCGUCGAUGUGGAUGAGUGUCAGACUGGCGUACACCGCUGCGGCGAGGGGCAGAUCUGUCACAACCUUCCUGGGGCUUAUCGCUGCGACUGCAAGAUGGGGUAUCAGUACGAUGCCUUCAGCAGGAGCUGCAUUGAUAUAAAUGAGUGCUGGAAUUACCCGGGACGCCUGUGUCAGCACACGUGUGAGAACACCCCUGGGUCCUACCAUUGCACUUGUUCCUCUGGUUUCCGCUUGUCUUACGAUGGGAAGCAUUGUGAAGACGUGAACGAAUGCGACACUAGUCCCUGCAGCCAGGAGUGUGCCAACGUUUAUGGUUCCUAUCAGUGCUACUGCAGGCAAGGCUUCCAGCUGGCAGAAGAUGGGCAUUCUUGUAAAGAUAUCGAUGAGUGCACACAAAGUGCAGGCAUCCUUUGUACUUUCCGCUGCGUGAACGUUCCUGGUAGUUAUCAGUGUGCUUGUCCUGAGCAGGGAUACACCAUGGCAGCAAAUGGAAGAACCUGCCGAGAUGUCGAUGAAUGUGCAAUAGGAACCCAUAACUGUUCAGCUGCAGAGACUUGCUAUAACAUCCAGGGCAGCUUCCGCUGCCUGUCCUUCGAGUGCCCGUCCAACUACAGGAAAGUGUCUGACAUGAGGUGUGAACGAAUCAGUUGUUUUAAUUAUCUGGACUGCCAAAAUACCCCGGUGCGCAUUACCUAUUACCAGCUGAACUUCCAAACCAAUAUUAUGGUCCCAGCUCAUAUUUUCCGUAUUGGACCAUCGCCUGCCUAUGCUGGAGACAACAUAAUCCUUACUAUCAACAAGGGAAACGAAGAAAACUACUUCAGCACUCGGAGGCUGAACUCCUACACGGGCAUUGUCUACCUUCAGCGACAAGUGAAAGAGCCUAAAGACUUUUUGCUGGAUGUUGAAAUGAAACUGUGGCGUCAGGGAACAUACACUACUUUUCUUGCCAAAAUUUACAUUUUCAUCACAGCUCAUGCGUACUGAAGCCUGUAUUGACAUUGGAUUUUAUUGGUGCUAUGCUCUUUAACUGAUCUACCAAAGCUUAAUACUGUUGAACUGGCAUUUAAUGUAUCUAGCCUUUAUAUUAUUUUUCUAUCAUUGCUUUAAACUUUUUUUAUUGGUUGUGUAAAUUAAGUUAAUUUUUAUCUUUUUUUUGUUUGUUUGUUUCGUUUUCUUAUGUAAUUCUUUACAUCAUCAUUUGAGAAUGAGCGGAGGAGGGGUUAGAAAAGCAGCACAUAGGUUGUGUUAAAUGCUGGAACCUUUUCUUAGCAGUUAUUUUUUAGGUUUAGCCCCAUCUGCAGGGUAUUGCACUAGAGGGGAAAGAUGUUCACUUGGGAGCGUUGGCUUCUGCCACUAAGAGAAACCUUGAGCAAUUUCUCUUUGUCACCCAAACUCGGGGUUUGGCUCAGCCACCGGCUUCGCUGAGGUCUCUGAGCUGAGGUGCUGUGUCGAAGGCCGUAGGUGCACACCGGCCGUGGGCUCACCUCCUCGUACCGGUCUCUUUUCCUCUUUUCCAAUUUUCAUAAUAUGUUGCCUAAAAAUAUAUAUGAAUAAAAGAAAACUCCACCAGUGAAAAAGCCGAUGAUUGAGUCUUGCUUUCGUAGGACUACUCACGCGCUGAAUAUUUGCAAGACCAAGGCCUUAAGAGAAUGUCGUGCUUUAGGGUAGAAUUUCACCUUGCCAUUUUUAGCAUUUUUGUCUUUGUAGCUGCUGGGAUUCCUCUCUACACAGACUCAUUCUGUUUAGGUAACUAUCAGUGCAGAUUAGAUGCAUUAUAAUUCUUAAAGGACUGUCAAAGAGAAACACGGAAAUAGUGAAAUAAUCGAUUGCUGUUCCUUAUUUGAAAGCUUGGUUGUGCCACUGAGGAAGCACUUGCGAUUUUAAAUAAACAAAAAGGGGAGUUGCUUCUCUUCUUCAGGAAAA